AUGGCAUUGACAGAUUAUUUCUCUCCCGUAGCAUUCUUCAUAUUGCUCCGUGAAUCGCUCGAAGCCGGUAUAAUCAUCGCCGUCUUAUUAGGAUUCAUCUCUCAAAUCAUUCCCUCCAUAGUGGAACCACUUUCACUUCCAUUAUCAUCCUCCCGUCGUCCCUCCCAUUCUGGCGUUCAGAUACAUACACGUCAAUCUGAAGAUUCAGCACGAUCUUCUCAGGAAUUACUCCCCAGACGAGAUGGAACGACUAUCAAUGGAGGUGGAUAUGGAACUUCCCCAGAGAAUCAAUCGCUCUUAACUGUGCCUGAUGCUGAUGUGGUAGACCAAGACGAUAUGGAAGAAGUUGAAGAGAUAUCAGAAGAGAAAGAUAAAGUUGUUAAAAAGAUGAGAUUCCAAAUCUGGUCGGGAGCGAUAUUGGGUGGGACGGUAGCUAUGGCCAUUGGAGCAAUUUUCUUAUAUGUUUUCUACACAUAUACUCACGAUUUAUGGCAAGAUGCAGAAAAUCUAUGGGAAGGUGGAUUCUGCGCUCUAGCUUCGAUCUUAAUCCUAGUGAUGUCUCUGGCAUUCCUUCGAUUACCUCACGCUCAAGUGAAAUGGCGACUCAAGCUCUUGUCAGCAUAUCACUCACACUCUGAGACCGACCCUGAACAUACACACAAACAUGGCCAUAGGCAUAAACGGGCGAACAAAGCUACAGCAAUUUUAUUUGGUUUACCAUUCGUAACGGUGCUUCGUGAAGGACUAGAAGGAAUCGUGUUCCUCGGUGGGAUAGGCCUGAGCGAGAAGGGAAGUGCGGUUGUUGGAGGUGGAGUUGGGGGGUUGAUCGUGGGAGGUUUGAUAGCCUACCUGUUAUUCUCAUCCACCACCCCUCUCUCAUUAACCAAAUUCGUUCAGUUCUCCUCCCUUCUCCUGUUCAUGAUCGGAGCAGGUUUAGCUUCCAGAGCAGCCUAUUCAUUCGAAAGACAAUACUUCAUCUCGUACGUCGGUACAGCAGCUGCAGAAGCUGGUAAUGGACCGGGAUCGUAUAGGGUCAAGGGGAACAUAUGGCACUUGACUUGGUGGGAUCCCGAACCUGGUUCAGGCGAUAAUUUUGCGCAGUUGGCUCAGGCUGUUGUGGGGUGGAAUAAUACGGGGACGGUCUGGACUGUCACUACAUACAUGUUUUACUGGCUUCUCAUCACUUUCACCCUAGUCAAAGCGAAAUACAAAGAGGGACGCACAUCGCUUUGUGGCCAACUAUCAAAGAGAGGAUGGGAGAGGGAAUUCUCAAGAAGGGAGAGAGGCGAGAUUGAAGAUGAAGUUUUAAUGGAUGAUAGGAGUGAUAUUGGAGAAUAG